AUGUUUCUGUUUAGCGAUGAGCCUGAAGAUUACCAAAAAAGUAGAUGGCCGUUUGUAAAUUAUAUGAAGAAGAAAUUAAAAGUUGGUAUUUGGGAUGCAGAAAAGAAACGACAAGCACUUGUCCAGAAAAGUGGUCACUAUCGUGUUAAGUACAGCGGUAUUAAAAACAGGAGGACUCGAUUCCUUCAAGACUUAUAUGUAACACUAAUUGACUUAAAAUGGCGCUAUGCUAUAGCCAUACUUUUUAAUGUAUAUUUAGCGACGUAUUUCAUGUUUGCUGUUUUCUGGUAUUGGUUAAUGCAUAACCAUGGUGACUUCGAUCAUGUGAACGAUCCAGACUGGAAGUCGUGUGUAGAUGGCGUUCACGAUUUUGGAAAUGCUUUCUUAUUCUCUAUAGAAACACAGACAACUAUAGGAUACGGGUUUGCCUACCCUAAUACAGAUUGUGAUGGAACUAUUUUAUUAACAUUUCUACAAGUAACUGUUGGGAUAUUUUUAGAAAAUAUGCUACUUGGGUUCAUGUUUAUGAAGUUUGCCCAGCCAAAGAGACGUGGGAAGACACUGAUGUUCAGCAAGCAUGCUUGUAUCAACCAUGAAGAUGGCGUUCUUUGUUUGCAAGUGCGGAUCGGUGAUAUGCGACAAAGCCAUUUAGUAGAUGCAAAAGUGCACGGUGUAUUAGUCAAGAAACGAAUUACAGAAGAGGGAAAGACUUAUCCUCUGUAUCUCCAUAGUCUAGAUUUCGAGGCCAAUGACAUGGGCGACAAAAUUGUUCUCAUGUGGCCAAUGGUUCUUAGUCAUAAAAUUACCGAAAAUAGUCCUUUAUGGAACAUUCGUCCUUCAGACUUGACAAAUGAAAAGUAUGAAAUUAUAAUUUAUGCAGAGGGAACAUUAGAAUCAACUGGAGAAUUUUGCCAGGCUAGAACAUCAUAUUUACCAUGUGAACUACUUUGGGGUCAUCGAUUUGAUCGCAUAGAACAGUUUGAUGCUGGUAAUGGGAGGUGGGAAGUUGACUUUUCUGGGUUCAAUGAUGUAGUUUAUAAUAGCAACAUUCGUCACAGUGCUAAAGAACUUAGCGAUUUCAAAAGGAGAACCAAAUGCAAACAAGAAAAACCACCUCGACCUCCAUCGCCUCUCAAAUCAGUAACAUACGAUUUACCUCCAGAAUAUCCUGCUGUUCUUCCGCCGUCCGAACAUGAAAAUGCUGAUUACCACAGACCAUUAUCAGGAUUUGCCGUGUUACAUAGACUUUCCAAUCCAGAAACAGACGCAAGCUCUGAAGCAACGGAUGAUACUGUAAUCGAACGAGAUCUUGGAGAGGGGGGAACUGUAUACGAACGAGAUCUUGGAGAGGGGGGCACUGUAGACGAUCGAGAUCUUGGAGACGGUGGCACUGUAGAAACCCACAGUAGUGAUGAAGAAUCAUAUGGCGAUGCUGAAGAAACUUGUAAAUCUAUAGACAAAGAUCAAGAUACAAUUGAAUAA